AGAAGACCCUUGCAGGCGGAAAAAAUGGCGCCUCCCAGUCCCCGGGAAUCUAAGGCCCCAUCCGCCACGAAUGAGGCCAAGUCGGAUGAGGAGAUGGUGCUACCGGGAUUUCCGGACGCAGACAGCUUCGUGAAGUUUGCUCUUGGGUCAGUAGUGGCAGUCACCAAGGCAUCUGGGGGCCUACCGCAGUGCGGCGAUGAGUACGAUUUUUACCGAAGUUUUCCGGGCUUCCAGGCAUUUUGUGAAACGCAGGGAGAUAGGUUGCUUCAGUGCAUGAGCAGGGUCAUGCAGUACCACGGGUGCCGGAGCAACAUCAAGGAUCGAAGUAAAGUGACUGAGUUGGAGGACAAGUUUGAUUUACUAGUGGAUACUAAUGAUGUUAUUCUGGAAAGAGUGGGCAUUUUGCUGGAUGAAGCGUCGGGUGUGAAUAAGAAUCAGCAGCCUGUUCUCCCCGCAGGAUUGCAGGUCCCCAAAACAAUCGUGUCCAGCUGGAACCGCAAGGCAGGAGAAUACAGCAAAAAGACAAAGUCUGAAACUUUCCGGCUCCUUCAUGCAAAAAACAUCAUCCGACCCCAGCUCAGGUUCCGAGAGAAGAUCGACAAUUCCAACACUCCGUUCCGCCCUAAAAUCUUCGUCAAACCCAACGCCCAGAAGCCCCUCCCUCAGGCGCUCUCCAGAGAAAGGCGGGAGCGCCCGCAGGACCGGCCCGAGGACCUGGACGUGCCCCCGGCCCUGGCGGACUUCAUCCACCAGCAGAGGACCCAGCAGGUGGAGCAGGACAUAUUUGCACACCCCUACCAGUACGAACUAGACCACUUCACGCCGCCGGACUCAGUCCUGCAGAAGCCACAGCCCCAGCUGUACAGGCCCGUGGGCGAGACGCCCUGCCACUUCGUGUCCUCCCUGGACGAGCUGGUGGAACUCAACGAAAAGCUCCUGAAUUGUCAGGAAUUUGCCGUGGACCUGGAGCACCACUCGUACCGGAGCUUCCUCGGGCUGACCUGCCUCAUGCAGAUCUCCACCCGGACGGAAGACUUCGUCAUCGACACCCUGGAGCUGCGGAGUGACAUGUACAUUCUCAACGAGAGCCUCACGGACCCAGCCAUUGUCAAGGUCUUCCACGGCGCCGACUCGGACAUAGAGUGGCUGCAGAAGGACUUCGGGCUGUACGUGGUGAACAUGUUCGACACCCACCAGGCCGCGCGCCUGCUCAACCUGGGCAGGCACUCGCUCGACCACCUGCUGAAGCUCUACUGCGGCGUGGACUCCAACAAGCAGUACCAGCUGGCCGACUGGAGGAUGCGACCUCUGCCCGAGGAGAUGCUCAACUACGCCCGAGACGACACCCAUUACCUGCUUUACGUCUACGACAAGAUGAGGCUGGAGCUGUGGGAGCGGGGCAACGGCCAGCCCGUGCAGCUGCAGGUGGUGUGGCAGCGGAGCAGGGACCUCUGCCUCAAGAAAUUCAUCAAGCCCAUCUUCACAGACGAGUCUUACCUUGAGCUCUACAGGAAGCAGAAGAAGCACCUCAACACGCAGCAGCUGACAGCCUUCAAGCUGCUGUUCGCCUGGAGAGACAAAACGGCGCGGCGGGAAGACGAGAGCUACGGGUACGUGCUGCCGAACCACAUGAUGCUGAAGAUCGCCGAGGAGCUGCCCAAGGAACCUCAGGGCAUCAUAGCUUGCUGCAACCCUGUACCCCCUCUCGUGCGGCAGCAGAUCAACGAAAUGCACCUUUUGAUCCAGCAGGCCCGGGACAUGCCCCUGCUCAAGUCGGAGGUCGCAGCCGGAGUGAAGAAGACCGGACCGCUGCCCAGCCCCGAGAGACUGGAGAACGUGCUCUUCGGACCUCACGACUGCUCCCACGCCCCUCCCGACGGCUACCGCAUCCUCCCGACCAAGGGGCCGGCGCCCGUGCAGAGACAGGCAGGCCUCUUCCCCGACGGGAGCGGAGAGGACGCGGCCCUCCUGGAUUCCAAAUGCCUCAUCGCCUCCGCGGUCAUCACGAUAUUUAACGAGCCCAGUGCUGAAGAGAACAGGAGGGGCCCCUUAACGGUCGCCCAGAAGAAAGCGCAGAACAUCAUGGAGUCCUUUGAAAACCCAUUCAGGAUGUUUCUGCCGUCGCUGGAGCACCGCGCUCACGUGUCCCAGGCCGCAAAGUUCGACCCGUCAUCAAAAAUCUACGAAAUCAGCAACCGCUGGAAGCUGGCCAGCCAGGUACAGGUACAAAAAGAAUCUAAAGACACUGCCAGGAAGAAGGCAGCUGAGCACACAGCUGCCCGGGACCAGGCUGUCCAAGAGUUCCAGGCGGCGGCGGAGCAGGCCGUGUCUGUCCGACGGCAGGCUGCCCUGGAAAAUGCCGCCAGGAAGAGGGAGCUGGCAGCAAGCGACCCAAGGACCGCAGAGCAGGGACAAGAGAAGAAACGACUCAAAAUCUCCAAGAAGCCGAAAGAUCCAGAGGCACCAGAAAAAGAGUUUACGCCAUAUGACUACAGCAAGUCGGAUUUCAAGGCCUUUGCUGGCAACAGCAAGUCCAAGCCUUCUGCCCAGUUCGACCCAAACAAGCAGGCCCAGCCUGGCAAGAAAUGUCUUGCAGCCAAGAAACUCAAACAGCCAGUGGGAAACAAAAGCAUGUCCUUUCCAACCGGAAAGUCAGACAGGGGUUUCAGGCACAGCUGGCCAAAGAGAUAGUGCUGGAAGAGACCCUUGGACCCCCCCAGCGGGCUGGAAGCACCAAAUGGUGGUGUUGGUUUUGUACAGACUCGUUUUUAAACCAUUAAAAAUAAUUCUUACCGGAAGAAA